CCUGGGGUGAUGACUGUGAUUGUUGAAAGAUAUUCGUAAGAAAGAGAGUUAGAACGAAGAGAAUAUUCAGAGGAACAAAGAGAACUACAACUACUAAUGAAUUUCAAUCUUCAACAUGACAUUAAACUAGAGAAUGAGUACAUAUUUAUAGGCUAUGGAAACCCAAAAUCCCAAUCCUUCUCCUAAUAGGCCGGCGGCCGCCUUCUCCUUUUUUCCUACCCAAAACAUGAAACCCCACCCUACAAGGAAAUAAUAAUAAACUAAAUCCUACUUGAACAAUGAAAGCAAUAAUAAAGACAAUUACUACUAAAAUACUAAAUAAUAAAAUAACCAAGAAUAGAUCAAGGUCCAAUAGUUACGAUGUCUUGGUUCUCGUAACAAACCACCUUAGUAAAACUCACAACUCCAUUCGCUAGUUGAUGUGGACACAAGAAUUCAAACCUUAAAAUCUACGAUGUGAGAAACUUCAAUUUUAUUAAGAGAGGCUAUAGGUGCUUUCAGAAAUUGGCACGAGCUGAAACAUCCCUCCCAAAAUCAUCACCCAUUCUAGAGGCAGCCGAUUUACACUUACCAAUUUUCAUUGCAGCCUUAGUGCCGUACUUGAUGACUAAAAAUUAAGAAACGAGGACAAAGUAGAGGGAGAUUAAACCUAUACUUCAAAUGAUGGAUCAUCAUCAAGGUGCAAACACACAGAAGAUGUAAAUCCAAAGAAACCAAUGAGAUUGUGGAAAUUUAGAAAGUAUGGAUGGGUUUAAUCCAACGGUGGUGAUGUUUUUGGUUUGUCUAUCCCGAAUUGAGUGCUUCAAAUCAAUAGAGCAACAACGACAUUCGAAGUUCUACAAGCUACUUAAAUCGACAAAUUUAUCGAGGAAAAAUCUAAGAAUUUCUCUUGGGUGAAUGGGGUUUACGAAGAUGGUGACUCUUCACAUAAGGGAAAGUUCUGAGGAUUUCAAGGAUCGAAGUGAAUUACACGAAAAAAAAUAAUCGUUAUAAUCAACUUAUUUGAAAUCAUCUGGACCGUUACCAAGUGCAUAAUAAUUUAGAUAGAAAGAUUGAGAUCAUACAAACCGUAUACACAAGUUUGCUUCCAAAAACUAGCUUUAUUAACUCAAAUAGCAUAAAACAAAGAAAACUAAUCAGCAUGAUAACCACUUUGGAAACGAGAAGGGUGGUGAGGCGCUUCUUCUUCUUCCGUCCAGAAGCGCUGACUUGGCACAUUCCUAUUCGCGGGUCAACAUCCAACAAGUGCCCACAAACCCAACGUAAUUCUUAAACUUAUAUGAUAUAUCCUCCCCCGAACCCCAUUUUCACACGUGAUAUCGCAUGUAAACAAAUUAAAAAUUAUAUCACCACUAAUUAAUUAAUUAAUCGAUUCAUUUAAGUUUUUUGGACUGUCAUUGAACCAUGUCAACGUUGCGCGUAAAGAGACACUCACUGGUGCUUGUUUCCUGGUUUCCCUGGAAAGUUUCGGAAAGUGAAAACCCUCCCCUUCCCAAGUCCAACUUAACCAGCUGCUCCCUCUACUUUUCUCUCUUCCAGCUUCUAGAACUCCCAAAAUACACCUUUUCCCCUCUCCUCGUGAUUUGUCUCUACUAUAUUAAGCCCAUCACUGCUACCUGUUUUUUUUUUUUUUUUCUUUUAAUUGUUGUCUCUAAAAGCUGUAAGCUCUCAACAAAGUAAAUCGAAUAUGUAGCAGGAGUUAGGCGGCCGGGUUGAUCUCGUUCAAUUCAAGAUCUACAACAAGAUCGAUCAGGAAAAGCUCGAGAUUCGGCAGCUUCUGCUGUAACAAAUGGAACUCCCGCCCACCAAAAUGGAAACGGAGGAUCCAGCGGCUUUUGGUGACUACGACAGUUACCAAAUGCAAAACCAGUUCGUGUAUUCUUCUGGCGAUCACUUCAGCUUCGACUCAUUGUUCAUGCACGAAAGGUGUUCGAUAAAUGGCCACACCGAGCAGAAUAAUAUGAUCAACCCAAACAACGUCUCCACCGUCAACUAUGCAUCUACGGCAACUGGCAGCUUCGGGAGGCCACCAGAGCACCGAACCCACACCGACUUACCGACUUGGGAUCAUUCCGCAGCGAGUUUGAAGCACUUGCAUUCUCCUCCUCCGUCUUCUUCUCGCAUUAUUUCUUUCGGAAACUCGCUUUCUCCACCAACCCGCCCAGCUGUGAAGUCGGAGAGUGCCGCUGAUUAUAGAACUGAAGAUGGAGUGAUGGCCGAAUUUGAUGAUUACUACCCAUAUCUGAACUCGGAUGCUUCCUUAGAUGGAGAGACCAAAAAAAGGGCAGCUGGUGGAAGUAGUAGUAGCAGCAGCAGCAGCAGGAGUAGGAGCGUUGCUCAUGCGCAAGACCAUGUGAUUGCUGAAAGGAAACGUCGCGAGAAGCUCAGUCAGCGCUUCAUCGCGCUUUCGGCUCUUGUUCCUGGCCUCAAGAAGAUGGAUAAGGCAUCUGUGCUAGGAGAUGCUACCAAGUACUUGCAGCAUCUUCAGGAGCGCGUCAAGUCAUUGGAGGAGCAAACUGCAGGAAAGGAAGCUGUGGAGAGCGUGCUGUUCGUGAAGAAAUCGCAGGUCCAUGUCGAGGACGAGUAUUCUUCUUCUUCAGCUGAUCGGCCGUCGAGUAAUCAUGAGUCGCCACUUCCGGAGAUUGAAGCAAGAGUGUCGGAUGGACACGUUCUGAUCAGGAUCCACUGCGAGAGGCAGAAAGGAAGCUUGUCCAAAGUGCUAGCCGAAAUCGAGAAGCAUCGGUUGAAUGUCAUCAAUAGCACGGUGCUGCCUUUCGGAAGUUCCAUUCUUGAUAUCACACUUGUGGCUCAUCAGAUGGACGGCAGCGAUUCUGCUACGACAAUGAGGGAUCUUGUGAAGAGUCUGCACCGAGUUGUACGUUAAGUUCCGAUGACAAAAGUUGCAUGCUCGGACCGUUCAUAUGUUUCGGUCGUAUGAAAAUGUUGGUUUGUUUUGACGAACAACCAAAUGAUCGUUUUAAGUACUUAUCCAUCAUAUUGUACCAGUGAUCGCAUUAUUUCAGGUAAAUUUUGUGUAUAAGCUGCCAUUUAUUUGAAAUGUUGGUUUGUUUCCCUACAUAUUUUUGUCCACAAACCUAACAAAUGGAAUACAAAAUAUUAUUCAUUUUGCCGCAAACACAGUAACACACUUCAUGUCACCGAAUUAAAGUGAUGCUGGUCGGUCACACCCCAUUAGCAAAACAAUUUUUAGGAGAUCAAGUAGACGUGAUCGCAAGUUAAGAGCACCAUGGGCGCGCCGGGAGAAGUUACGACCACGACACAGAGAACUCCAUGGGAGGUAAACAGAUCAUGUCACGAGAUCAUUCCUAGCUCCUAGCCACGAGGCAGUAUGAAAAUAUACUAAGUCCUGGGAAAGCAUCCCAUGACUCAUGAGAUCAUGCAUCAACACAACGCGGCCGCGACAUGAAAACGAUGUGGUCGUAAGGAGAUAGCAUGCGGCCGCGAUGAGGAGACCAUGUACUCGUGAGGAAACGACCAUGCGGCUGAGAUGAGACCACCACGCGGUAGGGGUGGGCAUUGGUGCGGUCCGAACCGCACUGCAUCAUAUUGACAUAAACCGCACAGCACCGCAUGUUAUUUGGACCGCACCGCAUAUUAGACCGCAAUUUAAUCGGUGCGGUCAAACCGAACCGCUUUAAUAAGCGGUUUGGUGUGGUCCAAACUGCACCGCAUAUUCGACCGCAAUAUAAUAUGGAUGAAUAUUUGAAUUGAAAAUUUUGAAUUCACUUUCUACACACAUAAUCCGUAAUUCGAACUAAAUGAAUAUUUAAGAUCCUAUCAAAAAAUUACUAAUUAUAUAUGUAUUAAGUUAGUUAUUUUUCUAACGAUUAUACCCACUCGAAAUUAUGUAAAGAAACCAAUUUUAUAGCUUGAUUAAUCUGGAUGUUUGAACAAUUAAUAAAAUAUACCUUUAACAUAAUAAAAAAAUAAAAUAUAUAUAAAUUGGAGUUCACCAAUUGCCAUCAAUAAAACACGGGAGGUGCUCAUCCCCUGUUAAGCUAACAACUGCUAAUACUUGGAGUUGCAGGAGGACAGAUUGCUUCGAUGGUUAAUUGUUCGGCUCUGGGUGGGGAAGUCGGAGAGAACAGGUAGCGAGAGGUACGGGGAAGCUGGGGAAGGCGAAGGGAAUGGAUUGCAACCUUUUGAAUCUCGGUAUCAAAGGAAAGCAGCGGAAAAUCUUAGCAGCAACUUGUUUCUUAGAAACAGUACCUUCUUCAACACUAUCUCCCUUAUCCUCCAAGGGAAACUUGUAUCUGGACUACUCACAUUUUCUGCAACUCUUUAGCUAGCUUACUGUCGUCAUCACCAUCAUAAAGCAUCAAUCCUCUUGUAGGUCAACCCUAAACCUUUAAUCAUUGUUUUCAUUUUAACAAAUUACUUGGGAAUAUUUGCAUCAGGAAAUACCUCAUUCAAUAAAGAUAAAAGUGAAUCAAGAGAGGAAUUACUCCAUCCAUGCAGGCACUUUUGAAGAUAUAUUUGAAUGGUGAAUGACAGCUUGGAAAACUUUUUGCAGCUCGGGUACAAAUCUUGAUCGGAGGCUUCUAAUAGACUGAAAAAAAUGUC